GGGGCUAGGGCUGCAGUGCGCAUGCGCGCAGUCCGGCUGCGGUCAGUGACUAAGCGACGCUUCACCGAGGCGACUGGAGACGCUGGAGAAAAGCGAGAAAAUGCAGUUUUGAACUCGGAAUCGCUGCUCAGAGGACAGAGAUGUGAUGAAGAGUGAUCGUCCGAUGUUGCAUUAGUGCCUGUGUGACAUGCUGGCCUGUCUGCCGGUAUCAGCCCCCUCUCUCCAGCAUCUCACCCACACGCAGAUGAACACUGGACUUCAGAAAUGGGACACUACGCAGAAGAUGAGAUCUGCACAGUAUCCAACCCCUGCAGAAUUGGAUGCCUAUGCUAAGAAAGUUGCCAACAAUCCACUGACUAUAAAAAUCUUCCCCAGUAACGUGAAAGUACCUCAGAGAAAGCAUCUCCGGCGUACCGUGAACGGUCUUGACACCUCUAAUCAGCGAUACAGCCCCUACCCAUCUCAGGUCAGCACCAGGACAGGCCUCCUGGCCAUAGUCAAAGUUCCUGUUAAAGGAAUCCUCAAGGAGUUCGAGGGCGGCCGAGCCCGCUUUCUCCCCAAGAUCGUCAUGAAUCCGCAGAGUGGAACUUACAGCACUCCGAGCACUUUAAACCUGCCUCAGACUGUUCCUCGUAUGCAGGCCCUCUCCCAGCCACAGCUGCUGGCCCAGAAGAACCUCACCCACCCUCAGAACUUGCAAGCCCAUCAGGUCCUUCCCCAUCCUCAUGCCAUGCCGCAUCAGCAACAGAAGGUCCUGGUUCAUCCUCCCAGUUUACAACAACAACAUCAACAACAACAACAACAACAACCACAACAGCAGCAGCAAAGCCUGGGCCAUCAGCAGACUGUACAUCCAGGUCUGGCUAGCCGACAGCCUGCACCGCAACAUGUUCUCCACCAUCACCACCCACUUGUGCAGCAGCAGCAGCAACACCACCACCACCACCACCAGUCAGGUCCACAGGGCCUCCGGCACCUUCCCGACAUGACGCAGGCCGCCUGCCUGCAGCAUGCCCAGGGUUUCCCCCAAACUCAGCAAGUUCCUCAAGCCACCGGUGCAGGACCUCCAGGCCCCAAUGGCAUCAUGCCACCGCUGCAGCAUCCGCCAGGCAUGCAGGUUCCCGGGAAGCUCCCCGAUGCCGACGCCCCUCCUAAUGUGACCGUGUCUACCUCAACCAUCCCUCUGUCCAUGGCUGCCAACCUGCACCAGAACCGUACCGGCGACCUCAGCAGCAUUGUGCAUCAGAUUAGCCAGUUCUGCCAGGCUCGAGCCGGUGUGAGCGCUACCUCUGUGUGCGAAGGACAGAUCGCCAACCCCAGCCCCAUCAGUCGCAACCUGCUCAUCAACGCCAGCUCACGAGUCCACAGCUCUCUGCCUUCGUGUGCCCUGAGUAACACCUCUGACAAAGCUGGCAAUGCCCCUGCUUUAACACUGCCCAAUUUAGCCGCCAUGAAUAGAAUGCCUAUGUAUCACGACGUGAAGACUCAACAGCAGCAGCAGGUUCAGCCUCAGCUGCAACAACAACAUCAUCAACAACAUCAACCACACCCGACACAGCGAUCAUGGAACCAGCAACAGCUGGCUCAUCUUCAGCCGUUGCCAGACGGAGCACAUCCAGGCGCACACCCAGGCUCACACCCAGGCAAGAACCCGCCUGGUCCCGGCUUCCCCACCAAGAACAUGACCUACCCACAGGACACGUGCAUGGGCCAACCCUUUAGCCUAAAGCCCCCAAUAGACAAACCGACCCCCUCCCCGCCGGUUAGCACCAUGCCAGGGGCUGUGAAUUACAGUAACGGCCUCUACAUGCAGCCGCCGUGGAACAGCAUCUUGCCGACGCCAAACAGCGAUAGCUCAGGGUCUCAGGACCUGGCCAUUCCAUUCCACGGAGGUCUUUCAGGGGCCUCCAUAGACUGUACCCCCGGGGCCCAGUAUAGAUCUGGGGCUGCUGCUGCUGCCGUCGCUGCUGCCGGCGCCGCCGCCUCCACUGCCAUCGUCCAGACGAACGUGAUGCAAACCAUGGAGUACAUGGGUGGCGAUUUCCAGGCCCCCUGCUUCCGAGAGCAGAACGCUGCUGCCAUGAUGGCGAAGAUGCGCAGGGCCCCGGAUUCAGGCGAUAAUCGAAAUGUACAUAUUCAUCACCCAGGGUACAGAUGAGCAGCAGCCUAGUCAGACUAGUCAUUGUUGUUAAGUGUUAGACCUGAUGUAAGGAACCUCUAUCCCUGCUCCUUCUUUUUGUUUCCAGUCUUGCAAGUGAUCUACUGAUUAUUUUUUUGUUUUGUAUUUUUUCGUCUGCUACAAAUAACCUUGACCAUCAGUCAGCAGUAUACUAUACUCCUCUUAAUUAUGUGCAAGCUUCCGGUUGGCUCUUCAGUUUGUGUAGAUUAGAUUAAGAGAAGUAGCCAGUGUUAGCCUCCUAUAUAUUUAUUUGAGUUGUCUUUUUUUUGUCUUGUUAUGUUCUGGUCUAGACUCUGGUGUAGGCUCAGUUGAGUUGACCUUCUAGACGCUUUUGUCGUCUGAUUGCUUCCCUGAACGUGUUUUUUUUUUUUUUUUUUUACGUUCUCAAGGCAGUAAUAUGUGUCUGAUUAAUGGCAUAGAUACUGUCGUUAUUUCCAUAGAGAUCAGUCGCUUCAGUCGUCACCUAUCUGUGUAGUAUCAGUUUACUUGAUUUUCCUUUUAAGAUGAAUAAAAGAAGUGCUAAUACUGACUAAAAAGGCCACACUCGCUGUUCACUGAAGAGAUCGAUUAUUCAGUUAUUGGGGUGCCAUGUUUUUGUCUAAGAAGACUGUUCGCUCUGUGUUUUGAUCUGGCAUUUCUGACACAGUAAUCAAGAGUUUUCCCUUGUUAAUGUUUACAUGUUAAUUUGCGCUUGCAACUGAAUCAGUACAAAGUGCGAAUUGACGCUGGGAUAUGCACCUAUGACGAGACUGUUUCCUGGGGCUGAUGUACGUGACUUGGGCUCAAGUCUUUGAUUGGACUGUUACCACAAGGCUUUUUCUCAGUGCGAGAUGUUUUAAGUUUUAUUUGUUCUUAUUUUAUCCCUUUGUGUUGCCCAGCUUCUUUCCCGUUGUGAUUGUUGCUGGAUUAUCUAUUUCCAAGUUUGCCAUUAGGCUCAGAUGAGUGAUUAUAGUGUCAUGUAGUGGUGGUACCCUGGGCCAGAAACAUCCCAGCUUUGGGAAUGUUUGGAUUUUUACAAUUUUACGUAAAACUGUGUACGUGAUGCAUAGUUUAGUGCACGGUUAUAGUUUUGUUUUUGUUUUAUUUUAGUUUGGAUUAAUUGGGUUAUUGAGUUUCUGAGAAGAGGUGUUUUGAUGUUUGGUUGUAAAGCUAGUUAGGUAUUCACUACAGGAGUUUUUUGACAUUUUCAGGGUAUGUGAGGAGGAUUUAGGAUCUAUAAAAAUAUUUUUUGCAUUUAGUGUUGAUCACUGAAGCUGUGCGUUGUUCUGUAGUCCACGGUAUGCCCAUAUUUGGCACUCUGGCUUUACCUCAUUUUUCUAUGGCAGAAAUGAAUGGUUUUUCGUGAAAAUUGCCUCUGUCAUGUUCUGUGAUCAUUAAUAAAUGUUCAAAAUUUG